CGCUAGGCCGGGGCUCGGAGCGGAGGCUCGGGGCGCCAUGGGGAACAGUAAAAGCGGGGCGCUGUCCAAGGAGAUUCUGGAGGACCUGAAGCUCAACACCAAGUACUCGGAGGACGAGCUGUGCAAGUGGUACGAAAGCUUCCAGAAGCAGUGCCCGGACGGGCGCAUUAGCCGGGCCGAGUUCGAGAAGAUCUACGGCAACUUCUUCCCCAACUCGGAUCCCAAGGUCUACGCCCGGCACGUCUUCCGCAGCUUCGACACCAACGACGACGGGACGCUGGACUUCCGGGAGUACAUCAUCGCCCUGCACCUCACCUCCUCCGGCAAGACCAACCUCAAGCUGGAGUGGGCCUUCUCCCUCUUCGACGUCGACCGCAACGGCGAGAUCAGCAAGAGCGAGGUGCUGGAGAUCAUCACGGUGAGUCCGGGGCAAGGGGUGUGUGCUGUGAGCUUCCCUGCCGCAGUGCCCUGA